AACCUUGAUAAUACGUACUCUUGAAGUGUGAAACGCUCGGAAGAGGACGUUGACUUUCCUACAGAACAGUACUGCAACCACGGACAGGAAGAGAUGAGGACUGUUCUUUUUUUGGCGUGCAUCUUAUCUGCAUUUAUGUUCUCCCUUGGUGACUGGCAGCAUCCACAUUACAGUUUUCGGUGUUUAGAGAACGGCGCAAUCAUGUUGUAUGGACUUCACAGUGGAAGCGAGAUAUAUCUGGACCAUUCUAGUACCAAUGGGUGCGUGAACCAGACUCGUAACAAAAACAACCAACCUGUUACAAUUGAGAAAAAUUGUUUGAAGUAUAAUGCAACGAAGAACUUCACGUCUAUAAGUAUGACUGUCUACGAUCCAAACUUCGAUGUAACAACAACAACACAAAACCCAACACGAACACCAACAACACCACCAAGCUACAGCGGAGGUCAUCGUUACCACAAAUUUAACAUCAUAUGUAUGGACAUCCCCCAGAAUGGAGUCAGCAAGACUGUUGCACAUGUGUUCCAAGAGACGGAUAACCAUCAGCUUCCGCAAAAUUACAAGGAAGUCGAUGGUGUAGAGAUGAGAUUUAAAGCUGUUAAGAAAACAAACGCUCCUGAUAUCAGCAGUAUCUACGUAGGAGACGAAUUUUACAUGUUUCUCACAUACAUGGGAGAUACAGCCUACUCGCUGGUUCCACAAACGUGUAAGGCAAUUGAAGGAGGAAUAGUCCCUACAAAAGAUCCAGGGGAAUCAGAAAAUUCCGUAUACUUAUGGAAAUAUGGGGAUUCAACAAGUAAUUGUAUCCAGCAUCCUGAACUUCUUGAAAAAUUUGAAAAGCAGGUUUCCAACUGCAAACAAGUUAUUGCAACGAUGUAUGGUUUCCGAUUCUCUGGCAAUCAAAACUACAUAACGAUUACCUGCGAGGUUACAAUGUAUCCUGCAUACAUGUACAUGGGAGAGACUGAUGUAUGCGUGAAACCCACACGGCGUCGCAAACGUAGUAUUGAACUAAAGACCCAUCAAGUGUCUAAGACGAUGCAAGUAUUUGACAGCAAGAAUAGCUACCAAUCCGAAAAUAGAAGUCAAUGCAACCAUGGUGGAAUCUCCGUUUGGAUUGUUGCACUGAUCACAACUACUCUGUACCGACAGCUGUAAACAAAGGACUAUACAGUUAAUCAUAAAAAUGCAUUAUUUGAUUUUGAUAUAAUUUGUACGCGAGUACUGGAUAUCAACUUUUACUGAUUAUGUGUCAGUAAUACAACAAUUACUGUAGUAUUGUAUAGUGUACAAUACAUGCAAACUAGCCAUUACAUCAUUUAAAGAAUUUGACGUUUUUUAUCUCAUGAUUAUUGUAAUCCUGAAAUCAUUACGGUAUAUAAUAUAAUAAAAUACAAUCAAAACA